AUGACUUUGAUCAUACAGUACUUCGGAUUGUCGCUAGUCCCCAACGACAUGAAGCUCUUCGCCCUUGUGCUGGCUGUGGCUUUUGCCAUGGUUAGUGGUGAUGAGGUGCAGCAUCUCCGCGGAGAGUCAAAGAGUGCCGCGAAGGAUGAGGAGUCUCCGGCAGUGGGAGCUGUGGUGGCAGAGCCGAAAGAGCCGAAAGAGCCGCAGAGCACCAUGGACCAAGUGCCGAAGCCUGCAGGAGAUGUGGACAAGGAGGAGUCCAAGGGUGCAGUAGGGCCGAAAGCUGGAAAGCUGGAUAGCCCGAAAGAGACAGAGCCUGACGUUGGAGUGGUUUUCGAGGAAGUGGAGGGCACUGAGGAGGAAGCUGAGGACGAGACAUCCGAGAAGGAGAAAGCGGCACACCGCCCUGGCAGGAGACGACCCUGGGGCCCGAGCCGCGUUGGGUCAACUGCCGCAACGGCUGGUACGGAGGCGUCCGUUGCAGUGGCGGUCGUCAUUGCACAGCCUGGCGCCGCCGUGGUCGAGUCCUUGGAGCGGGACUUCGACGGGGACACCGAGCUGGCGGAUGAGCGGGGCACCACUCCGCUGCUCCUGGCCUCGGCGCUGGGCAAGGCGGAGAUCGUGGAGGCCUUGAUGGAGAGGAGGGCGGAUCUGAUGGCUGGGGAUGUGGAGGGCGACAAUGCGCUCAUGAUGGCGGUGGCCCAGAACCACGCCGACAUCGUUCGGAAGCUCCUGGAUGCAUCUAGCAGUGUUGAUCCGGACGUGCAAAACAAGAUUGGUCAGACGGCGCUGAUGAAGGCAGCGAGCAAGCGCAACAUGGACUGCGUGAGAAUGCUUCUUGAUGCCGGAGCAAAUCUGAAUACCAAGUCGAAGGGGGGGAAGACGGCGCUGGUGGAGGCGGCGGAGAAGAACAAUUUGGAGGUGGCGCAGGUGCUACUGAAAGCUGGCGCUGAUGCCAGUAUUGCAGACAGCAAUGGAAUGACCGCGCUGUUCCCUGCAGCUUUCCGCUGCGACGAGCCGAUGCUGCAGCUGCUCCUCUCCUCAAGGGCUGAUGCGGCAGCGAAAGCCGAGCGCAUCGGCACGGCCCUGAUGAUGGCGGUGGACUCUAUGGAUUUCAAGCCGAGCGCGGUGCGGCUCUUGCUGGAGCACGGCUGCCCUGCGGAUGAGCCCGACGCGAGGGGCGCGACGGCCUUGAUGAAGGCAGUGGAAGAGGGCAACGCGGCGGCUGUCCAGGCCUUGCUGGAUGCCAAGGCCAACGCGGCGGCCAAGAAUCAGGAAGGGAAGACGGCGCUGGAUUUGGCCAAGCGCAGCGGCAACGCCUCUCUGGAGCAGCUACUCCGUGUGGCUUUCCCCGGCUAG